UGAUUGUAAUAGCAAAGGCAGACAUACACAUGAACAGACACACACGCACUUCUCUCAGUGCUUUUAAGCUUCAAAUCUGAAAGGACAUUCUCUGGCUUUUGUUCCCCCUGCCUCUUUUUCCUUCCUCCUCUCCCUGUCUCUCCCUCUCCCUCCUAUUUCUGUUUCGAAUAGAGAGCAAUCUGAAACAAGCACAUCUCAGACAACCUAAGUGAAAUUGGACCUAUACAAGUACCUACAAUGGAUUGGAUGAACAUCUCCUGGUGUCUUCACCAAAGGGAAGAAGAAAUAGAGCCUGUGAGGAGAUACUUCAAUAGCACCGAGGAGUAUCUUGCCUUUUUAUAUGGACCCAAACGGAGCCCUGUCUUCCUACCUAUGUCUUGGGUUUAUGCUAUGAUUUUCAUAGUUGGAGUGUCCGGCAACCUUUUAGUGUGCCUUGUGAUUCUUAAGCACCGAAACAUGAAGACUCCCACUAACUACUAUCUCUUCAGUCUUGCUAUUUCAGACUUGUUGCUCUUGCUCUUGGGAAUGCCUUUGGAAAUCUAUGAAAUGUGGAGCAACUACCCCUUCUUGUUUGGACCAGUUGGGUGCUAUUUUAAGACAGCCCUCUUUGAGACUGUAUGCUUUGCCUCCAUUCUGAAUGUCACAACAGUGAGUGUGGAGAGAUAUAUUGCCAUCCUUCAUCCCUUCCGGGCCAAACUGAAGAGCACAAGGCGACGUGCUUUGAGGAUCAUUAUUGCCCUAUGGCUCCUGUCCAUCCUUUUCUCUCUCCCCAACACCAGCACCCACGGCAUUGUGCAGCAGUUUUUUCCAAACCACACAGAGGUCCCAGCCUCUGAGACAUGUGCUGUGGUCAAGCCCAUGUGGAUCUACAACUGCAUCAUCCAGCUGACAUCUUUUCUCUUUUAUGUCCUGCCGAUGAGUGUCAUCAGUGUGCUGUACUGCCUGAUGGGGUUGAAACUGAGAGGAGACCGCUCCUUGGAAGCAGGUGAAAUGGGAAUGAACAUUAAAAGGCCAUCGAGAAAAUCUGUUACUAAAAUGCUAUUUGUCCUGGUAAUUGUUUUUGGCAUAUGCUGGGCUCCAUUUCAUACAGACCGACUUUUCUACAGUUUUGUCGUAAACUGGACAGAACCUCUUGCCAACAUUUUCAACUUAAUCCAUGUGGUGUCAGGUGUUUUCUUCUAUUUGAGUUCUGCUGUGAAUCCCAUCAUCUACAAUUUACUGUCCAGGCGUUUUAGGAUUGCUUUCCUGAGCGUCAUCUCUCCUCAGUGCAAACACUGGCAUCUCAGACAUACAACCAGCCACCUCCCAUCCCAGAGGAGCAUUUUUAUGUUGGGAGAGCGCAAAUCCAUAAGAUCUGGUGAAGAUAGGAGCUCCCCAUAUAUGCAAAGGUCAUCUGUCUGUAGUUCCCACCUGUCUAGUGGCAUUUGACUAUUUUGCCCUGGACAUUCCUGAAUCCAUUACAGAUUUAGGCAUGGUUGAGGCCAUUUAAAUCAAUAGCCUUAACCAUAGCUAAAUCUGUAUAGUGUUAAUGUCCUCCCAUCUGGAUAGAAACUAUUUAUCCAUGAGCAUCUCCCACCUAGGAGAAUACUUCAGUGAACCAAGCCAUUGUGAUCCUUAUGGAUUCAGACUCAUUUCAUGACAGACUAUGCUUAAAACCUGAGAAAGACCCACGUGAUCGGAUUAUCUAAAUGUUUCCUACAGUUGUCCAAAAGAUGCUCAUAAGCUUUCUGUGCAAUUUGCAGAAUAUCUAAGGGGCACCUGUGUUUAAUGCCAAAAGAUAAAGUGCAUAUGACAGAUGUUGAGGGAAAAAGCAACCUGGAUCUGGAGAAGCAUCUUUGGAGAUUUUGAAUUAACACACUGAGUCUGGAAAUUGCUUGCAGACAUUUUCCAUCCCGGCAUGUAAGCUAGAUGUAUGAAAUAUCUUCAAAAUCCCAGAGUUCUUUUAUGCAAUGAACACAGAGUUUUGGGAUGAAUGAAAUGAAACCAUUUCUAAGAUAAAUCUUUCUCCCUAGAAUCAUAAUCCUGACGGCACUGACAUCAGCAAGAAUGCUUCACAUGGACAGAAUGAAGAAUUUUUCAUUUUAACUGUAAUGCCAAUAAACAUUUUUAUUUUUCUGGGGCAUGUGGUGAGAUAUGAAAACUGGCUCUCUGACUCCAUCACAUCUCCCCUCUGGCAACACAGAAAAGCUCGAACAAUCAAAAGGUUAGUUAUCAUGUGGCCUGGGGGCAUAAUGCAAGGCUACAAUAUCUCACAGUAGAGACAAUACUAAUUUGUAGGUGUUUUCAAUAUGAAGGUAGAUGUGCUUUGAGUGCAAAGUAAUACAAAAUCAGGCCUUGUAUUUCCAACAUGUUCUUGAACUCUUCUGAGGAAUUCUGAGGAUAGAAUGAGAAGUAGACUUUCUGUAGAGUUGUUUGUGAAACACACUGUAAAUGUGU